AUGGCUGGAACAAUCUCGGACAUAAAAAAGCUGGACUACGAUAUCUACAAAUAUUCGAGCUAUUCGUCGUCCUACCUGCCGGAAAAUAUCAGGGAGGACAAUCCUUCCAAUCAAACGUCUCGCUGGUCAUCGAAUACCAACACGCCACCGCAGUACUUGAUACUGAAGCUGGACCGACCCGCGAUCGUGACGAAGAUCAAGUUUGGAAAGUACGAAAAAACGCAUGUCUGCAAUCUGCGCAAAUUCAAAAUACUCGGUGGACUCGAGGAGGAACGUAUGGUGUUGCUGUUUGAAGGUGGGCUGCGUAACGAUUCCGUACCGGAAACGUUCAACCUAAAGCAUCGCACAAACUCCGGCGAACUGUUGCCGAUCAAGUUCAUCCAGAUCGUGCCGCUGCUGUCAUGGGGUCCAAGUUUCAAUUUUUGCAUCUGGUACGUGGAGCUGCUGGGCAUCGAAGAUUCCAUGUUUAUCCUUUCGAACCUGCGCAAAUAUAACAUGCUGCGCGAGGUGGAGAUCGUUCGACUGUUUUUGAAGCAUUGCCGCCAGCAAGGGUAUGUAAAUUCGUUCAGUGCCCUGCAGGAGGAGACGGGCGUAAAGCUGGAAGACGAGAAGAUGACCGAACUGCACGAGAUGCUUGUAAAUAGAGGGGAUUUUAAGAAGACUGAAGAGAUGCUGAUGGAGUUCAUUGAAAACGGCCUAAUGGAUAACUACCUCGAGAGGCAGGAAUACAAACCCCAGUGGAAUCUGCAGCUGACACCGGAGAACGAACCACGCCCAGGACGACGCGGUGGCCAUCAGCUGAUCAUUGAUCCGAUGACCAGCACGAUCUAUCUGUACGGUGGAUGGGACGGCAAUGAGGAUCUGAGCGAUCUCUGGUCGUACGAUGUGAAGGCAAACCGGUGGACGUUGAUCCACGAGCGGUCGGAACUGUUGGACGGACCGACACCGCGUGCCUGCCACAAAAUGGUGUACGAUACGAGAAAUUCGCAAAUUUUCAUGCUCGGCCGCUAUCUGGACAGUGCGUCGCGUACGGAGGAAAACAUCAAUAGCGAUUUUUACCUGUACAAUACCAUCACGAAGACCUGGUUUCUUAUUUGCAACGAUACGAGCCAGGUUAGCGGACCGCAGCUAGUGUUCGAUCAUCAGAUGUGCAUCGAUGUGGACAAGCAGACGAUCUACGUGUUUGGGGGCCGUAUCCUAGAACCGAGUUACAGAGUUUCUUUGUCGUUUAGAAAUGAGGAGGAAACGGCUGGCCAGUACCGGUAUUCGGGGCUCUUUUCCUACCACAUCAGUACCAACACCUGGACGCACAUACUCGUCGACUGUGAACACCCGUCUGCAUCCAGCCCGUACGUCCAGAGCAUCCGUUCGAGAGUAACCCAUUCCAUGCUAUUCCAUCACAAACAUCGUAAGUUGUACAUUUUCGGAGGUCAACGAGGCAAAGACUACAUGACAGACUUUCUCAGCUACGAUGUUAACACGAAUGAGCUGUCGAACAUUACGCCGGAGAACAACAAUACGGACACGAAGAACGUUCCACAGUCGGGCUUCACGCAACGUGCGACGAUCGAUUGCGAAAAGGAUGAAAUUUACGUUUUAACGAGUCUUAGCAAGGAAAAGGAGCGGCGUGAUUUAAACAUCAAUUCGUUCUGGUUGUUUUCGCUUGCGAAGAAAGAGUGGUGCUGUGUGUACAAGAGCGAACAUUCGAACGGGGAAAACUGUUACCAGAAGAGUCAGAACACUUGCCACGAACCGUGCCCACGCUAUGCACAUCAGAUCGUGUACGAUAGCACCAACCAGGUACACUUCCUGUUCGGUGGCAACCCGGGCACGAACUCCAAUGUCCGGUUGGAUGAUUUUUGGGUACUGCGUCUGGAGAAACCGAACCGCGGCAACAUACUGCGCUACUGUAAAUACCUGUUGCGAAAGCAAGAGUACGAAGAGAUCACGAAGAAUGAUCCGCUUUCGGCUAUUCUGUACCUGCAAACGAAACUGUACGACAUCAUUGACCACAGCGAUCCGGUGCAGCUGAAGGAAUUUCACAAGCUCGCCUCGCUGCUGUUCAAAUCCGACACAGUGGACGGUGAAACGGAACCGACCAGUCUGCUGACGUGUGCGGUUGGCACAACCGGUGCGAGUGCUCCGGUUGGCGGUGGCAACAAGCAUAAACAGCAACGGGCCGAUGACGAUGGUCACAAGGAGGAGGAAAACCUGGCCAAGGUGAUGCGCGUGGAAUCACCCAAAAGUGUCGAGGAGGCCGACACCUCCAGCAUUAGCUCGAUGAGUAGUAGCGAUUGUUCGAACUCACAAACACAGCUCCCACCGGGCACGGUGGUACCGGCAACCGGUGGGGAAAAGGUUGAAGGAGUUUCACCGGAAGCUAGCACACAAAAAACCAGCCUGGGCCGGGAGCUUGUGGAGGGUGGAAGGUCCGGAACGAAUGCCAGCGCAACGCCUUCCACUUCUCGUUCAACGGGUAGUAGCGUUGGCAUUGCACGCAAUCGUGCCGUAGAUCAACAGUUUGAGAUGAAGAUACGGCGAUGCCUGCUGUUUAAUAAACUGGUCGAUUUGAUGCCCGAAGCAUUGUGCCAGCCGAAGAAAAACAUUAGCGACUUUGUGCUGCUGUAG